CAUGACAGCCGUUGUAAAACUCAAGACGACAGUAAAUACCAAAGAGAAGCCAGUGAAUAAAUACACGCAUCUGUCGAAAGAGCAGAGGAGUUAUUCAUGAUUGAAUAGUGCGCAGAGGUGCAUACAUGUACAAACACCAUGUAUCACACUCAUUAAAUGGUGAAACACACUGAAAUCCUCACGGUAUCUUUCUUCCACCUGGAAGUUUCUUCACCACCUUGGCACUUAGCAUAUGAUUUUACAUGAAGAGGGGCGAGAAACCCGAAGGAUACAGACAGAUGCGACCCAAGACGUUCCCUGCGAGCAACUACAGUGGCAAUAGUCAACAGAUGUUACAGGAGAUCCGAGAGAGCCUGCGGAACCUCUCACGGCCGUCGGACGGUCUCAAGGCUGACAUGAGCACUGGGAAAAGCCUGCCGGAUGAUCCCAGACAACAAGGGCGCAGCACCAAUCCCAAAAACCCCUACCACAAAGCCCUUCAGGAGAUCCGCAGAUCAUUGCUGCCUUUCGCCAAUGAACCGUCCUCCAGUGUGCACACUACAGACAUCAACAAGCACAUGCUGCAAGAGCUGCAAGAUGCUGGUUUUGAUGAGGAGUUGGUGGUUCGUGCUCUGAAGCAGACUAACAGUCGUAGUGUGGAGGCAGCUGUAGAAUACAUCAGUAAAAUGAACUUACAGGAGCCUGUGAGGGAGCAGAUAACAGUCACUGCAGCACGUCCUGCAAACACCGGCAUAAAGCAAACAGGUCAAUCUCAAAUACAACAGCCAGUGUUGCGGCGGCUAAGCUGGAAGGGCUCUAAGGAAUCUCUGGCCCAACAGCGACACAGUGCGCUGAUGACUGACAGCAUGAUGUACCGUCCUAGUAGCCCUGGACCUCAAGGGGACCUCUCACGACCUGCAACCUUUCCUCAAAAUCUUGCUGCUGCUGCUGCUAGCGGCCAGCGAGUGAACCCUCCCCUUCCACGGCAGGUGCAAAGCAUCACCCCUCCACCCUCUUCGUGGGACUCCAACCCCUCAACAAAGCGGUAUUCUGGGAACCUAGAUUACCUGGUGCCCCGUAUCUCCCCUGUGCCUCAAGGGCCCUGGCCCGAUGGCUACAUCAACCCUCCAUCCCAAGCACAGCGAGCUCUCAGUCAAGUUCCUGUGGGUCGGCAGCCUAUCAUCAUGCAAAACUCGGGGGGCAAUAAGUUCCCCUUCUCUCCAGCCUGGCCUCAGAAUGGCACCGUACAAGGUGAGUACAUGGCCGUAAGUAGCAGCAGCAGUAGCCGUCAACCGCCACCGCCUCCGUAUGCAAUGCAUCAGACUAACAGACAGAGCCCCACUGCCCAGCAGAUGCAGUCCAGUGCUGCUGUACCCUCGAAUGGAGCCAACCUUCCUCCGACCAUGCUGGUGCCCAACCGCAACAGCCACAACCUUGACAUGUACAACUUUGGAGCACUUCCCCAGGGCAGACCACCCAUGCAGCAGUCUCAGACGUCCCCCGGGCACAGCAGCAAUCAGGAGGCUCCUCCGUCGUGGCCUCACAAUGUUCCGGGUCGCUCCAACUCCUUCACCAAUGCCCAGUCCAGUGGGCGUCAGUGCCCGUCUGUGCCGAGUUCUCAGCCUUCCGCAACUACUGUCACCACCAUCACACAGGCCCCCAUCCUGCAGCCGGUAAAAAGCAUGCGUGUGCAAAAGCCAGAGCUGCACACCGCCGUGGCCCCUUCGCACCCACCCUGGAUGCAGCAGCCGGCCCCUCCCACCAGUGCCUUUAAAGAGCCGCCUGCUCCAACAGGGCCUGUGAGCCAGAUUCCAGCUGCUGUGGAAGUCCCGAGCUACCAAGGCCCACCCCCUCCUUACCCUAAACACCUGCUACAGCAGCCUCCACCACCAGGGUAUGACCCAAACCCUGCCCCUAAACCUAGCAGCAAAGAGGAUGAGGGGGCGGACAAUGACAACGACACUGACAGCACCUGCUCCAGCGAGCGUGCAGAGAGCUCGGAGGAACGUGAGAAGAAGCAGAUUACGACUUCGCCCGUGCCAGUGCGACGUAACAAACGUGAUGAGGAACGUAAGGGGGAGAGCAGAGUUCCCAUGUACUCCCCGCAGGCCUUCAAGUUCUUCAUGGAGCAACACGUGGAGAACAUCCUGAAGAAUCACCAACAGAGGAUCCGGAGGAAGAAGCAGUUGGAGAGCGAGAUGCAACGGGUGGGGCUGUCGGGUGAUGCACAGGAGCAGAUGCGCAUGAUGCUGUGCCAGAAAGAAUCCAACUACAUCCGGCUCAAACGCGCCAAAAUGGACAAAUCCAUGUUUGAGAAGAUCAAGACUCUGGGAAUCGGUGCAUUUGGGGAGGUGUGUUUGGCUCGAAAAGUGGACACAGGAGCGCUGUAUGCCAUGAAGACCCUGCGUAAAAAAGAUGUCCUGUUACGGAACCAGGUGGCCCAUGUGAAAGCCGAGCGGGAUAUUCUCGCCGAAGCAGAUAAUGAGUGGGUUGUCCGGUUGUACUACUCUUUCCAGGAUAAAGAUAACUUGUAUUUUGUCAUGGACUACAUCCCUGGCGGUGAUAUGAUGAGCCUGCUGAUCAGGAUGGGCAUUUUCCAAGAGGCCUUGGCACAGUUUUACAUUGCAGAGCUCACCUGUGCUGUGGAAAGCGUCCACAAAAUGGGAUUCAUCCACCGAGACAUCAAACCCGACAACAUCCUGAUUGACCGUGAUGGACACAUCAAACUGACAGACUUUGGUCUUUGUACAGGCUUCCGCUGGACACACGACUCCAAAUACUACCAAAGUGGUGAUCAUGUGCGUCAGGACAGUAUGGACUUCAGUAAGGAAUGGGAAGAUCCUGCUAACUGUCGCUGUGGGGACAGACUGAAGCCACUAGAACGCAGAGCUGCUAGACAACAUCAGCGGUGUCAAGCACACUCACUCGUGGGCACACCCAAUUACAUCGCACCCGAGGUUCUGCUGCGCACAGGUUACACACAGCUGUGUGAUUGGUGGAGUGUUGGUGUUAUCCUCUAUGAGAUGUUGGUUGGCCAGCCUCCCUUUCUGGCAACAACACCUCUUGAAACUCAAAUGAAGGUAAUAAACUGGCAGACUGCGCUGCAUAUUCCCCCGCAGGCCAAGCUGAGUCCGGAGGCUACCGACCUCAUCCUAAAGCUCUGCCGGGGCCCUGAGGACCGGCUCGGGAAAAACGGUGCAGAUGAAAUCAAAGCCCAGCCGUUUUUCAAGAGCAUCGAUUUCUCCACGGACCUGCGGCAACAACACCAUGCGCCUUACAUCCCCAAAAUUACACACUGCACGGACACCUCCAACUUUGACCCAGUCGAUCCUGACAAACUCUGGAGUGACGAUGCCGACAGCAACCACAACGACACGCUCAACCGCUGGUUCAAGAACGGCAAGCACCCAGAGCACGCCUUCUACGAGUUCACGUUCCGACGUUUCUUUGAUGACAACGGCCACCCGUACAGCUGUCCCAAACCCAUCGAGUGUGACGAUUAUGACGAGGAGGAGCUGGUUGACCCUUCGAAGGGACUGGGGUCGGAGCAGGGGCGGGACUUAGUGUAUGUUUAGUGUCAAUGUGCGCUGGUGAAUCUCACAAAAACUCUCAAGAACAGGUCAUAUUUUACCCUGAAAUCAAAAGUAAGAAAAUAUAUUUUGCAGACAAUGAAGUCUAUUAGGAUUUAUUUUAUUUAUUUAUUUUUUUUUUCAUUGAACAAUGAAGUGUAUGGAUAUAUCAUGGUGUUUGUUGUACUGCCUUUUUUUUGCCGAUUUAUUUUAUUUUUCCCUAUGCUGAUUUAAAUGUAUAUUAAAUAUUAGUAAAGUUUUUGUUUUAAAGUAAUGAGAAUCCCAAUUUUUAAAAAAAUCAUUACGGUAAUGAGAAUUUGUGGGGAGAAAUGUGCAAUGCAAAUAAUGUUGCAAUGCAAACAAAUCUUAAUGUUCCUGAAAAUAGACUUUUGCUAAAUAUAUAUUUUGCAUAAAUACAUUUUUUUGACUUUUUGAUGUUGGGGUGAAAUAUGACCAGGACUAGUCAGGUGUUUUUGAGAUACAUCUGUGUAAAUGUGAGUUUGGGGUGUUUUUAAAUCUUUGUAUGUUGUUUCUCUUCAAUCUUUGGUGGUUUGACUGGUUGAGUCUGCCUUGACACUUUGUGCUGUAUUUAUUUUUUUGUUCAAGAUGCACUUGUCUGGUGCCUUCUAAACAAACGAGAAUCUAAUGAUGCAGUGGAGCUCUGUAUUUUUACACCUCUUUAAUUUAUUUAAAGACUUUUUAAAUGCUAGUUGAAACGAAAAGUUGAAUAAUUCCUUCCUCAGAUGAUGUCUUUAUUUAUGAUUGUGUGGAUUAGUUUCUCACUCUGAGCGGCCUGUCGAUAAACUGCACAGGGAUGAUCAGACUCUUAUUCUUCUGCUGCUGUGACGUUGUUUUCAUGCUUUUCUUUCACCAAAACUAUGAGGGAAAUCAUCCAUGUAGAUUCGAAAAUUAAACUGACUAGGUGAAAACAUGUCCAGAUCAUUUUUCACAUUAAAAUCGAAAGAAGAAAUUCUAUUUUUGCAUUAAGCAAAUGAUGCCUGUUUGUAAGACCAUUAAGAAUUAAGCACCCCACAAUUUUGGGGGGAAAUGUGCAUAAUAAUAAUGAUGAAAAUAAUGCAACGAUGUCAAAAACUGUAAUGGUUCCAAAAAAUAGGCUUAGUUUUCUUUAAGCAAAAUAUAAUUUCUUAUUUGCAUCUUUUUAAUUUUGAGGUGUUCUUGACAGGUUUCAUGAGACACCCGAUAAUUCAUUAUCCAAGCUCACAAGAGAAAACAUUACUCUUCUGUGUAUUUUCUAUUUAUACACACAAAAUUGUAUAUAUAAAUUAUGCAGUGUUAAUUAGUACAUUUCUUUCCCUGUCCUUAGUCCCAAAGGUUUAGGAAAUAAAUCUGUCAACUGAUUGCUAGCCAUUCAUAUACUUGUUUUUGCUUUGUAAUCCAAUACCAACCUAACUGUCACUACCAAAGCCUUUUCUUUUUCUGCAAUAAGAGUCCCAUAACGACACAAUACUGCAUAUGGAAUAUGGAUCAUUAAUCAUGUUCUGAAUUCUCUCUAGAAUCCUGUGCAGCUCUGAAUGUAAUAGUCAAUUCCUUUUCUUUGAUUAAACUGGUGGUUUUAUUUCCAGAAAGACCAUCUGUAGCUAUUUUGAGUGUAAAUUUGUCUUGAAUGUGAGAGGAUGGGGUGGUGAUAAAUAAAACAUCUAAGCACAAACCAUGUUA